CACUUCAAAAUUGUUGGUCAGCGGUUGACAUUGAAGAAGAAAAAAACAUGGCGGCUUCGUGCGAAUUUCACGAGCGUCAUGGGAGUUUGAUUUUUUUGAGCAAUGGAAACCGAACCGCCCGACGACGGAACCCAAGCGCAGAAUUUAACAACGGACUAGUAUUCACUAAACAUAUGCUCGGUCCCUCAGAGCUCUUAGAAGUACGAAUAGAUCGAAAAAUCACCAACUGGUCUGGAUCUAUGGCUAUCGGUGUCACUACCGCUAACCCAAGCAUGAUAGAAAUUCCAUCCUCUGCAACAGGCCUAAAAAAUGGCUACUGGAUUAUGUCGGGGAUGUCUGUAGUAAAAAAUGGUACUGCAAUCUUAGAUAGCUAUGGUACAGACUUGGAUGAGCUGACUGAAGGUGACAGAGUUGGGGUUCUUAGGACUGGGGAUGGUUGCUUACAUUUCUAUGUGAAUGGUAAAGACUUGGGGGUGGCAGCCAGCGAAAUACCAGGAAAUCUUUAUGGUGUUGUCGAUCUGUAUGGAAAAUGCGUAGAGGUUUCUGUGUAUUCUCAUUUCAAGCCAAGGGAAGGCAUGGUACCAAGCCCGGUGCAAUCAACAGCAUCUGUUGUGUUCCACCCUCACUGUGGAUCACUUGUUCAACUGGGGAAUCGUAACAGAACAGCAGAGAGACAGUUUCCUGAAGAGGAAUUCAAGAACUCUGUUGUGUUGACAAAUCAGCCCUUAAGAGAUAAUGAAUUAUUUGAAGUUGUUGUAGAAAAGUUGACUGACAUGUGGGCUGGGUCUCUCGAAGUUGGAAUCACCUCCCAUAAUCCUUUACAAAUUGUGCUACCACCGACCAUGACCAGUAUGACGUCAGGGGCAUGGAUGUGGAGUGGCACGUCAAUUAUCAUUAAUGGACAAGAAGUCAGAAGUGAUUAUAGUGAAUUAAGUCUAGAGUCAAUAAAGGCUGGUGACAAAGUAGGAAUUUUGAAGACAGCUGAUGGAACUGUUAGUUUUUACUUAAAUGGUGUCUGCAUGGGCGUGGCUGCCGAUGAUAUCCCGCCUGGGGUGUUUGGGGUGGUGGAUCUGUACGGCGCGGCUGUCAGGGUAUCUGUAGUCAGUGCUGACACUUCUAAUGAAUUGGAGAAUGAGGAAGAACAGGCCACUGCGCUUGUUGGCGCAACUUGUGACACUGAAGAUGACUCUCCCGAUGAUGCUCCACUGCUUUUCAGUUCCCGAUGUGGAAAGUCUGUCCGCCUAAUGAAUGGAAAUUAUACUGCCUUUCGACCAAGGGCCCUUGAAGAGUUCAACAAUGCAGUUGUGCUGACAAACCGACCCAUUAAGCACGGGGAACUAUUUGAGGUUUAUGUCGACCGCCAACUGGACAAAUGGGCAGGGUCACUAGAAAUUGGCCUAACUACCCAUAACCCAGCGACACUAGAACUUCCAGCAACCAUCACAAACUUGAUGACAGGUGCAUGGGUCAUGUCAGGUGGCGGGAUGAUGAAGAAUGGUGUGACCACUAUAGAGACCUAUGGAAGAAAUCUUGAUGAUCUUAAGGCUGGUGAUAGAGUUGGGUUGGUUUACAAAGAGGACGGCUCGCUGAACUUCUUCAUUAAUGGUGAAGACAUGGGACUUGCAGCACAAGAUAUUCCAGUGGUUACCCCAGUCUAUGGUAUGGUGGAUCUCUAUGGUAGAUCAGCACAAGCUACCAUCACCAACGGACGACCCAGAGAGGACAUACCAGAAGGGGAACCUGCGGUUACGAGCACUGGCACAUCAACAAGAAGCGAAACACCUCUUCCCCAUGCUCCCGCAAGUACUGCCGCUGUACCUAACGACAACUGGUUCACCUUCAGUAGUUUCCAUGGCGACCAAGUAGUCAUCAGUCAUGACCACCGCAACGCCAUCAGAGUUAAUCCCCUAGUGGAGUUCAACAAUGCUAUUGUGAUGAGCCAGCGGCCACUUCGUGAUGACGAGAUGUUUGAGAUCAUUAUUGAGAAGCAGGUUGAUAGAUGGUCAGGCUCGCUGGAAGCAGGUGUGACCAGCAUUGCACCAGACAAGCUCAGCUUUCCCAACACCAUCACGGAUCUGGACCAUGAUACCUGGAUGCUUUCUGGUUCAUCAGUGCUCCAGGAUGGCGCCACUAUUUUGAAUGGUUAUGGCUGCGACCUGGACAAGCUCAAGGAGAACUUCCGCCUGGGAAUCAUGCGUAAAGCUGACGGAUCCCUGCACUACUUUGUCAACGGCGAGGACUGCGGGUCAGCGGCCUCCUCUGUGCCAGCAGGUGUGUAUGCUAUUAUUGACCUGUACGGUCAGUGUGUACAAGUGUCUGUGUACGACGAAGACUAUGUGGAGCAGCAAAAGCUUCCCUCCUCCCACCCCUCCCAAGAGGAAUCCCGAGCACUUUCUGUCCCCCCUACAGUACCCCCUGUCAGAACGGACACACCCGACGUCAUCCCAGGUGGUGUCCCACAUGGCUUCCAUCCUUGCUGCGGCAAGAACGUCUCUCUUGAGAAUAGCCGCUGGACAGCUACUCGAUGUCGCGACUUCAGCAAUGCCUUGUUGUUUAGCGCUAAGCCCCUCCACGAUGACGAGAUCUUUGAGAUUAAAGUAGACCGGCUUAGUAGUCAGUGGUCCGGGUCUCUUGGGAUAGGUGUCACGUCUUGCUUGUUGCCCAUGUUUAACGUACCCGCCACUGCCAGUGAGUUACGUGACGGAACAUGGAUCAUGGUCGAGUCACGCAUUCUCAAGGAUGGUGUCACUCUGAAGGAAAACUACGGAUGGAGUCUGGAUCGCACACAGGUGGGUGCUUCUAUUGGUGUUCAAAGGAGGUCAGAUGGCACCCUACACAUCUAUUACAAUGGCGAGGAUCAGGGCGUUGCUGCUGUAGACGUCCCGAGGAUGGUGUUUGCAGUAGUCGACCUUUAUGGGAAGGUGGAACAGGUUUCUGUCGUCAGGGAUUCAGAUACACGAGUCACCGCUACACCAAGAAGCAACAGCGAGGGCGAGCAGCAGCAGAAGGGCCAACAGCUGCAGGCAGAGAAAGACUCGGACGAGGCGGAGACGACGCCAAAGACGAGGUUCUUAUUCAGUCGUCACUGUGGACAGCAUGUACGUCUUGAUAACAGGCGCGUGUCUGCUCGUCGGGUGGCAAGCUAUAACUAUGGCGUUGUGCUCAGCGAUGUACCUUUACUCCACAACGCGCUCUUUCAAAUCCGUGUGACUAAGCUAGAGAGCCACUGGUCUGGGUCUCUGAUGGUUGGUCUCACAGACCACGAUCCCGAGUGCCUGAAUCUGCCCUCCACCGCCAACUCCAUGAAGAUCUGUCCAUGGAUUGUCGUCAACAAAGCGGUCUAUAUUAAUGGCAACAAGGUCUUCGAAGGCCUGGGUCGAGGGCUUGAUGAUCUUCGUGUUGGUGAUACCGUGGGCCUGAUGAUCGACACUAGUGCCAGGCUUCAUGUUUUUGUCAACGGCGAGGACCAAGGCGUGGUCGCUGAGGACCUGCCGGCCAAGCCUCACAUGGUGGUCGACUUGUACGGAAGCUGUCAAGAGGUUUCCAUAGUAACGACAGUUGAGCAGGGGCAGCGCGGGGGUGAGGUCGCUAGUGAGGAGAAACUUGCCAGGGGAACAGCAGAGGAGCGGUCCAAGAGCACUUGCGAAUACAGGCAAAUGUGCGAUCGAUUCCGACAAAGUCUCGCUAUACCAGAUGGUUACUUCAACCACGAGUCAAAAGCAAACAUAUGCUACUGUCAAACGUGCCGCGUCUCCCGCAGUGAGAAAGAAUACGAGGUCAGCGGCGAUCCCCAAAGACGCUAUGCGCUGCCUCUCGGAUGGUGCCAGUUUGCGUUAGGACUUCCUCCAAGAGUGCAGUCCUUGCAAGUACUGGAAAAAUGGCAUGUGGCAUUCUACGGGACACAGACCGGCAGCAUUCGCCGCAUACUCGACACAGGGGAUCUACUUAUACCGGAUUCGAGAAGACGUCGUCAAAGCAGCAAAAAAAAUUUUAAUAAGGAGAACGAGACUCCUCAGCUGAUGAUUUCGCCUUCUGUCAAGUGUGCUAUAUGUAGUUCCACCCAGAACUUAACAAGGUUUCGAGAUGGCCCUACUGGCACACUCUGUAACGCACAAGUUGCUUUCCUUGUCCGAGUGAAGCCUGGGUCCUACUGCACUGGCCAGUCGUCGUGCUGUGAUCUCAGCAGCAAUGAAGCAGUGUCAGAUCACAACCUCGACACUCCAGAUCUGGAGUGGUAUAUCAAGGAGAAGGGCACGGUGCUGCUGGCGGCGCUUCUUAUUAAGAUUGACCCUACUUGAAAAUCACCCUAUAGAUCUAAUGAAACACCCAGUUGUUAUACUACAGAUAACUGAGAGAGCACCCGGCUCACCCUACAGCUAUCAUAGGACACCCUGUUGUCACCCUAGAUGUACCAUUAGACACCAUGUGUUCACCUAACAAGAUACCAUGGGACACGUGGCCACCCUACAGAUAUCUUAUGACACCCUGUUGUCACCCUAGAUGUACCAUUAGACACCAUGUGUUCACCUAACAAGAUACCAUGGGACACGUGGUCACCCUACAGAUAUCAUAGGACACCCUGUUGUCACCCUAGAUAUACGACACCAUGUGUUCACCUAACAAGAUACCAUGGGACACUUGGCCACCCUACAGAUAUCAUAGGACACCCUGUUGUCACCCUAGAUAUACGACACCAUGUGUUCACCUAACAAGAUACCAUGGGACACUUGGCCACCCUACAGCUGUCAUAGGACACCCUGUUGUCACCCUAGAUGAACGAAACCAUGUGAUCACCUAACAAGAUACCAUGGGACACUUUGUUGCCACCCUACAGAUAUUAUAGAACACCCAGUGGUCACCCUACAGCUAUCAUAGAACACCCUGUUGUCACCCUAGAUGUACCAUAAGACACCGUGUGUUCACCUAACAAGAUACCAUGGGACACGUGGCCACUCUACAGCUAUCAUAGGACACCCUGUUGUCACCCUACAGAUGGCAUGGGACAACCUAUAGUCACCCUACAUAUACCAUUAGUUUUAAAUGUUGUGGUUACUCUACGAAUACAUUAGAACUUUUGUGGUCAUACUAUUCUAGGUCACCAAAGGGAUAAUAACUGAAGUGUGCUUAGAUACCUAAGGGUCUGUUAAGACACAUAAGCACACUUAUUGCCAGAAUACAGAUCACUUUUUUGGUCACAGCAGAGAUAAGGUAAGGAGACAGUCUCCAAUGUAAGACAUAAUUGAAUACGAAAACUUUAGUGAGAUGAAUUGGUUCAACAUGAAUAUAUUAUAAGUUGACGCUAAAAUAAUAGUAGAGAUACGUGCUACCCUGGCCACCAUUACAAGGUUUUCUUAAGAAACUACCCAAGGUGGCGAUGGUAGCGCGCGUCGCACUAUAUUUUAUUGCAACAAUAGGCCAUUCCAGGUAUAAGUUUGCACGCGCAUUACCAUAGAAACCUACCUCAACUACCAGAAUGCAGCGCGCGCAUUUUUAAGCUUGCACCAGGUAGGUUUCCAUGGUGAGUGCGCGCGCAUGCUUAUAGCUGGAAUGGCCUAUUGCAACAAGUAUUUGCUCCUCGCAGAACUUGUUGCCUGUUGAGUUCGAGAGAAACCCUCUGGUUUUAUUUGCACAAGAAUUUAUGAAUAAUAAUAUUAAUGUACCAAAGUGAAUAAAAAUUGUAAAAAUAAAAGAUCAAACUUGUUA